AUGGGCGUUCGCGACAUUUUGAACCGAACUGCAAUGGCGGUAUACAUCAAGAAGAUUAGGUCGGCCCGGCGCGAGGUCAUCUUAAGCAAAGGUCUGCUUAUAUCGGCCAUGAUGUACGCGACUGCUGCGAUUCCUCUGACCUGGGACCAAGGAUCCGCGGCAACAGUAUCCUCGCUAUCGAGUUUCCAAGAACAUUUCGGCAUCAGCUCUUCCUCCGGUGCGGGAUCAACAAAGAACUUCGUUUCUUUGGUAUACAUCGGUGAUGCAGUGGGUGCGGCUCUUUCAUUCUUCAUCAAUGAUCGGAUCGGACGCUUGUGGUCAUACCGUCUGUAUACUUGCAUUUGGAUAAUUGGACAGCUGGUUGCAAUGUUCAGCCCCGGAGCAUCCGGCCUCUAUGCUGCCCGAAUAAUCUGCGGCUUGGGCAUAGGCUCGCUGAGUGUUACCGGAACGGUUUCAAUCGUUGAGAUUGCACCUGCUGAGAUCCGAGGGCUGCUCUCAGCAUGGUACUCGGUAUGUAUGGGCAUUGCGCUCAUGACAUCUACCUUUUGCGUUUACGGCAUGGAGCUGCAUAUCCCACAAAGCAAAUUGCAGUACCAGGUGGUGUGGUUUUCUCCUUGCAUCUUUAUGGCUCUGUGGGUCGUCGCCAGCUUUUUCCUUUGCGAGUCUCCGAGGUGGCUGCUUUUGUCUGGCCGAGAUGAAGAGGCCAUGAGGGCACUUGUCUCGCUCCGGCAGCUCCCGGAACACCAUCCUCGGGUACAGGAGGAAUUCCAAAGCAUCAAGCUGUCCAUCCAGUCCGAAAAUGACUUCUGCAAUGCCAGCAACUCAUCUGAGUCCCACCUUGUCAGUGUUGCAAAGGAAACCUUUACGAAACCAUCGAAUUUGCGGCGUGUCCAACAAGCUCUUAUCAUGUACGCUCUCCCACAGUUCUCGGGCGGGAACUCAGUUACCAACUACUUCGUCCCCAUUCUGGAGGUUGCUGGGCUGUCUGGCAACUCCAUUCAUAACCUGCUGCUUAGUGGCAUGUACACUCUCGCCAAAUUCAUCUUUAGUCUCUUCGCAUCCUUUCUAUUCAUCGACGCCUUGGGUCGCCGAAACUCCCUCUUCGUGGGAAUCAUUCUUCAAUUGCUGUCGGACGUAUAUCUUGCCGCAUACAUUAAAGUCGAGCAGGACACCGGGGCAUCUGAAGGGGCAAGUCAGGCAGCCCUUGCAGCUAUAUUCAUUCAUGCUCUUGGAUAUUCAGUGGGCCUUCUCACACUGCCGUACGUAUUUGGCGGAGAGCUGUGGCCGAAUCGCAUCCGUUCCUUUGGCGCGGCCUUGUCGCAGACAUUCCACUGGCUGUUUCAUUAUGCCAUGACAUAUGCAUUGCCAUCGCUCCUAUCCCGAACCGAGAAUUGGGGUGCCUUUGUUUUCUUCGCGGCUUGGUGUGCGGGCGGCUUGAUCUAUGUGUAUCUUCUGGUGCCAGAUAUUGCAGGACUCAGCGUUGAGGAGAUCGAUUCUAUUUUCAAUGGGCCGUGGGUCGUCGCUGGAAGACGAGGAAGAACUCGCGGAAUUCAGUCGAUGCUGGAGGGACAGGAUGUGGGCCCGAAAUCACACGGGGAUCCAGACUUUUCUCCUGUGGAUAGCAAAUCGCAGAAACGGCCGACGGAGGGUGCGACGCAGGUGACGGGUCACUGA